GUGAAAAUUCAAAAUGGCGGGCAUGUGUAUCUUCGUAUUGUUUGUUGAAUUAAUCUCUUCGCUUGUUCUUUUUAUUUUAUGCGAAAGGACUUUGUUUGCAAAGCAUGAUUUUGGACCGUCAUUACGAGGCAAGCUGAAGGUUUGAUUUAGUUUCCAUGAUGCCAAUUCUUGUGAAAGAUUUCAUAUGGAAAGAGAGCGAGGAAGAUGUGUUUAUUGAUGUUCCAUUAAAAGGAGUCGCUCCUGGAAAAGUAGACAUAUUUUGGUCUGGCCAAUAUUUAAAGGUUAGCUAUGCACCCUUCAUUUUUGAGGUGUAUCUGAGAAGGAGUGUAGUUGAAGGUAGUAAAGCUAGCAUUGUUGAAAGUUUGGUGAAGUUCAAAUUUAAAAAAACAGAACCUGGACUAUGGUAUAGUCUUCAAGCAGAUGAAGCAGAAGACAAAACAUUUAUGGCUUCUGUUCGACAGAAAGCCAUUGAAGACUCACAUAAAAAGGCUAAACUGUUAGAAGAGCAGAAGGCAAAGGAAAAACGAGAGCUGGAAAGAUUUGCUCUCAGAGAACAGAUGAAAAAAGAUGAAGAAGAAAGGAAGAGAAUUGAAGAAGAAAAGAAGCUCAUUCGAAAAAAUGCCACAGAAAGUUUGGAAAAAUGGAAAAAAGAAACGGAAGAGAAUGAUAUUGUUGUGCAACAGAAUUCCACUUGCUUUAAAGACAAUGUAAAACAGAUUUUUAAUCAUGAUGACGGUGUACAUGCUGAUGAUGAAGAUGAUGAACAGAAAAUUUCUAGUCAAGUAAAUCUAUGUCACAUACAAGAUAAACCUAUUGAAAGUCCUAAAAAGUACAUUAAAAAAGCAAAGAAGAAGAAAGAUAUUCCACCUCCUAGAUCCUCUGGGACCAUUCAAGUCAAUUUCUCUCAUCGACCUUUCAAAACACCCUCUCGCGAAUCCAAGGCACCUGAGGAAGACGAGUGGCUUGCAAAAGUUGCAGCAGCAAGUCGAACCACAAACACUGAGAAUAAGGAUGCUGUUGAUAUAGAAGAAAUGAAUCCGUUUUGGUUAAAGGAUAAAGCAAGGUCAUUCUACAAGUCUGGUAACUUUGUAGCUGCAAUAAAUGCCUUCACUGCUGCCAUCGUUUUGAACUCAAGCAUUCCCUCGUUGUAUUCCAAUCGAGCAGCCUGUCAUCUUCAGUUGAAACAGUACAAAGAAUGCAUUCAAGAUUGCAGUAGUGCUUUGGAAUUACUCACGCCUCCUGUUGCAGCCAACGCGCUGUCGCGAUGUAAAGCGUUUGUACGAAGGGGUACCGCUCAAUCCCAACUUGAGAACUAUGUUGAAGCUCUUAGGGAUUACGAGUCUGCCCUAAAACUUGACCCGAAGAACGAGAAACUUCAAGAGGAUGCUCAGAAACUACGGACGAUCAUUCAAGGAUGUUGACCUAAGUGCAUGUGUGGAUAAGAAACUAGAAACAGUCAUUCAAGGAUGUUGACCUAAGUGCAUGUGUGGAUAAGAAGCUACGAACAGUUAUUCAAGGAUGUUGACCUGAGUGCAUGUGUGGAUAAGAAGCUACGAACAGUUAUUCAAGGAUGUUGACCUAAGUGCAUGUGUGGAUAAGAAGCUACGAACAGUUAUUCAAGGAUGUUGACCUGAGUGCAUGUGUGGAUAAGAAACUAGAAACAGUUAUUCAAGGAUGUUCACCUGAGUGCUCGUGUGGAUAAGAAACUACGAACAAUUAUUCAAGGAUGUUGACCUGAGUGCAUGUGUGGAUAUUUUGUACAGAAUUUUUUAGUUGCUAGUGCAUCCGUUUCAUAAUGUCUUUUGAUUUGAAUUUUUUUUCACGAUGUAUCUAUCAGUUUAUAUUGUAAAUUACUGUUCGUUCUGAAGUUGAACAAAGGCUUGAACCUUUGCA